UCAUCUUGAAGGUUUCUUUCCCUAUAUAUAUAUAUUCCCACCCAUCAAACCCCACCAAAAACCAAUCUAAAAUCAUAAACCCAUCACCAUUAUUAAUCUCCCACAAUGAUGAACAAAACUUCAACUGUUUUCUACUGUUUCAUCGUCACCAUCGUUGUCACUUUUGUGUGCUUAUGGGGAGGAGGAGCCAGUGCAUCAAAACAUGAAGAUAUAGGGAUCUAUGAGCUCAACAAUGGCCACUUCUCCCUCAAAUGCACCAAUUGGGGUGCUGCCAUUAUCUCUGUUUUUCUUCCUGACAAGAAUGGAGAAUUUUCAGAUGUGGUUCUUGGAUAUGAUUCAGUCAAGACAUACAAGAAUGACUCGACCUACUUUGGAAGCGUUGUCGGGCGGGUUGCUAACCGCAUAGGUGGAGCUCAGUUCACCUUAAACGGAACUCGAUAUAAGUUAGAUGCUAACGAGCAUCAAAACAUACUUCAUGGUGGGCAUCGAGGGUUUAGCGACGUUGUUUGGAAGGUCGUAAAGCACAAAAAGGACGGUGAUUCUCCUCGUAUUACGUUCUCAUACAAUAGUUACGACGGAGAAGCAGGGUUUCCUGGAGAUCUAGAAGUGAUGGUGACCUAUGCACUAGUUGGUAAGUACAAACUAAGUGUAAAGAUGGUUGCAAAACCAAAAAACAAGGCAACACCGGUUAACCUCGCCCAACACACAUAUUGGAACCUUGGAGGUCAUGAUAGUGGCGAUAUCUUAUCCGAAAAGAUCCAAAUCUUGGGGUCCCAUAUCACGCCAACGGAUGGCGAACUUAUUCCCACGGGAGAGAUUGCUUCGGUUAAGGGCACCCCAUACGAUCUCCUCAAACCAAGUGUCAUAAAGAACAAGAUCAAAGACCUUCCUGAUGGGUACGACAUAAACUAUGUUCUUGAUGGUGAAGAGGGGAAGAAGAUGAAGCUUGCCGCCAUUGUAUGGGAUAAGAAGUCGAAACGAUCAAUGAAGUUAACCACAGACGCACCUGGAGUACAGUUUUAUACCGGGAACUAUGUUAAAGAUGUGAAGGGAAAAGGUGGAUAUGUGUAUGAAGCUCAUGCAGGAUUAUGUUUGGAGACACAAGGGUUUCCUGAUGCAGUUAACCAUCCUAACUUCCCUUCACAGAUUGUUAAUCCUGGUCAAACAUAUAAGCAUCGCAUGUUGUUUGCAUUUUCUAUUGAUGAUUAGGUAUAGAAUGAUUUGGGUUUAGAAUAAAACAUGUUCUUUGUUGAGGACUCUUUUGGAAGAUUUGUUUUUUGAUGUCCUUGGUUUAUAAUUAAUAAAGAUAACGUUCAUGUUUUUUUUUA